CGCUCGUCGGCUCGGCCCUGAUUUUCGUCUACAUAUGAUCCUUCCGCGCGUGCCCUAGUAUUGUUUGCCCCUUUGGUUCUCGAGCACACCCGAACCCCGCAAAAAGAAAUCCAACCCCCAAACCCCACCGCCCGGCGGCGGCGGCAGCGCGAUGGACCUCUCCUCGGCCGGCUCCGGCGGCAACUCGCUGCCGUCGGUCGGCCCCGACGGGCAGAAGCGGCGGGUGUGCUACUUCUACGACCCGGAGGUGGGCAACUACUACUACGGGCAGGGGCACCCGAUGAAGCCGCACCGCAUCCGCAUGACGCACUCGCUGCUGGCCCAGUACGGCCUCCUCGACCAGAUGCAGGUGCUGCGGCCGCACCCUGCCCGCGACCGCGACCUCUGCCGCUUCCACGCCGACGACUACAUCUCCUUCCUCCGCUCCGUCACGCCCGAGACGCAACAGGACCAGAUCCGGGCCCUCAAGCGCUUCAACGUCGGCGAGGACUGCCCCGUCUUCGACGGCCUCUACAGCUUCUGCCAGACCUACGCGGGGGCCUCCGUCGGCAGCGCCGUCAAGCUCAACCGCGGCCACGACAUCGCCAUCAACUGGUCAGGGGGCCUGCACCACGCGAAGAAGUGCGAGGCGUCCGGGUUCUGCUACGUCAACGACAUCGUCCUCGCCAUCCUCGAGCUACUCAAGCAUCACCAGCGGGUUCUAUAUGUUGAUAUUGAUAUUCACCAUGGGGAUGGAGUUGAGGAGGCGUUCUACACAACUGAUAGGGUCAUGACAGUUUCAUUCCACAAGUUUGGGGAUUAUUUCCCUGGCACAGGGGAUGUCCGUGAUAUUGGCCAUUCAAAGGGGAAGUAUUACUCCCUGAAUGUUCCUCUGGACGAUGGGAUUGAUGACGAAAGCUACCAGUCCCUGUUUAAGCCAAUAAUGGCCAAAGUUAUGGAGGUUUUCCGCCCUGGUGCAGUUGUGCUUCAGUGUGGUGCUGAUUCGUUAUCUGGUGAUAGGUUGGGUUGCUUCAACCUUUCAAUCAGAGGUCAUGCAGAAUGUGUGAAGUACAUGAGGUCUUUCAACGUUCCAUUGUUGCUUCUUGGCGGUGGUGGAUAUACCAUAAGAAAUGUUGCACGUUGUUGGUGUUAUGAGACAGGAGUUGCACUAGGUCAAGAGCUUGAGGAUAAAAUGCCUAUAAAUGAGUACUACGAAUACUUUGGUCCAGAUUACACUCUUCAUGUUGCACCAAGUAACAUGGAGAACAAAAAUACACACCAUCAACUGGAUGAUAUAAGGAGCAAACUUCUUGAUAAUCUUUCAAAACUUCAACAUGCUCCUAGUGUCCAAUUUCAAGAGCGGCCUCCUGAUACAGAGUUACCUGAGGCGGAUGAAGAUCAAGAGGAUCAGGAUGAAAGGCAUGACCCUGAUUCUGAUAUGGAAUUGGAUUAUCACACAUCUUUGGAAGACCCAGCAAGGAGGAGCAAUAUUCAAGGUACAAGAGUUAAGAGAGAAUUUGCUGGAACAGAAACCAAAGAUCAGGAUGGUAACAGAGUAACAGCUGAACAUAGAGGACCAGAACCAAUGGCAGAGGACAUUGGUCCCUCGAAGCAAGUCCCUCCGGUCGAUGCAAAUGCGAUGGCUGUGGAUGAGCCAGGAAAUGUCAAGACAGAACCAGGGAGCUCUACCAAAUUGCCAGACCCAUCGGCUGUUUAUCAGAAGCCAUGACUGCAGUGUUUUGACCGCCAGGUUCCUGGCACAAAGUUUCAUGCAUGUUUUGACAGUCAAAAACCGAAGUGAAUCAGUGAAAGCAUUUUAGAUUUAACCAGUGCUCUACCCAUCUGUUUCUUGUGUGGAAAUGGUGGUAGACAAUGCUUUGUGGUGGAGACAACAGUCUGACCCAAUGUAUACAUGUAGCAUGGAUUGAGCUGUAAUGUAUAGUUAGCCUAUAGUCAACUAAAUGGACUGUGGGGCUAAAUUCCUCCAAUUGUUCUUGCGGAUUUUUGAGGAGGUUAAACUAUUGAAAGAUCUUAGCCAUUAACUGCAAAGUGGCUCGUUCUCUAA